UCCCUCCAUUCCUGAGUCCUCCCGUCCCUGCAUCCCUCCAUUCUCUCAUCCUCCCAUCCCUGCUCCCUCCAUAUUCCCAUCCCCGCAUCCUCCCAGCCCCCUGAAGCCCCCCGGAGCAGCUGAGCCGUGACGCCCCGCUUUGGGGAGCACCGGGGGGGCCCGAGGGCGGGUUCAGCACCGGCCCCGCGGGCUCGGGACCCCCCGUGCCCCCCCUCGGCACGGCCGCCCCGCGGCGGGGAUGAGGCGGCGCCGCAGCUGGAGGCAGCUGGCGGUCCCCCAGCCCACCAUGCCGUCGUCCAAGAGCGAGAGCGAGUUCUGGAUCGAUGGAUCCCACCGGGAGGCGGCACUGGAAGAUUUCUACGUCGUGGGCCCCGAGCUGGGACGGGGAGCCACCUCGGUGGUGUUCAGCUGCCAGGAGAAGGGCACAGGGGAUCCCUACGCUGCCAAAAUCCUGAAGAAAACGAUCGACAAAAAGAUCGUGAGGACGGAGAUCGGGGUCCUGCUGCGCCUCUCGCACCCCAACAUCAUCAAGCUGAAGGAGAUUUUCGAGACGCCCUCGGAGAUCGCGCUGGUGCUGGAGCUGGUCACGGGGGGAGAACUCUUUGACAGGAUCGUGGAGAGGGGGUUCUACAGCGAGCGGGAUGCGGCGCACGUGGUCAAGCAGAUCCUGGAGGCUGUUUCGUAUUUGCACGAGAAUGGGGUCGUGCACCGGGACCUGAAGCCGGAGAACCUGCUCUAUGCAGACCUGUCCCCCGAUGCACCCCUCAAAAUCGGUGACUUUGGGCUCUCCAAGAUCGUGGAUGAACAGGACACCAUGAAAACCGUGUGUGGGACACCGGGGUACUGCGCCCCCGAAAUCCUGCACGGGUGUCCCUAUGGACCAGAGGUGGACAUGUGGAGCGUGGGGGUCAUCACCUACAUCCUGCUCUGUGGCUUCGAGCCCUUCUUCGACCCGCGGGGGGAUCAGUACAUGUACGGCCGCAUCCUCACCUGCGACUACGAGUUCGUGUCCCCCUGGUGGGACGAGGUGUCCCCAAACGCCAAGGAUUUGGUCAGGAAAUUGAUCGUUUUGGAUCCCCAGAAGAGGCUGACGGUUCACCAGGCCCUGCAGCACCCCUGGGUCACUGGAAAAGCAGCAAAAUUCGCUCACAUGGACAGCACGCAGAGGAAACUGCAGGAAUUCAACGCCAGGAGGAAGCUGAAGGCUGCCAUGAAGGCCGUGGUGGCCUCCAGCCGCUUGGGCAACCACGGCCACCACGACUGCUCCCGCAGCGGCCGCGGCCAGGGGGGACCCCGGUGCCUGGCCCAGCCUGCGGGGAACGGCGGCCCCGGCGCUGGCACGGAGCUCAGAACGUUCCAGAGUGACCACCCUGCCACGUUCCAGAGUGACCACCCCGCCAUGUUCCAGAGUGACCACCCUGAUGUGGCCUCUGUGGCCACAUUCCAGAGUGACCACCCCAACAUGAUCCAGAGUGACCACUCUGCCACAUUCCAGAGUGACCACACUGCUGAGGGCCCGGCGGCCACGUUCCAGAGUGACAACCCCACCAUGUUCCAGAGUGACCACCCCGCAGUGGCCCCAGUGGCCACAUUCCAGAGUGACCACCCCACCAAAGGCCCGGUGGCCAAGUUCCAGAGUGACCACCCCACCAUGGUCCAGAGUGACCACUUUGCUGUGGGCCCAGAGGCCGUGUUCCAGAGUGACCACCCCAGCGUGGGCCCGGUGGCCACGUUCCAGUGACAAUCCCGCCACAUUCCAGAGUGACCGCCCCGAUGUGGGCCCGGUGGCCGCAUUCCAGAGUGACCACCCCACCAUGUUCCAGAGUGACCACCCAGCCCCGGUGGCCGUGCCAGGGCCUGCCUGUGACAGUUAAUGGGCCCACAGUGGUGACACCACCGAGCCUUGGCUGCUGCUCUGGGCCCUGGGACAUCCUCGUGUCCUGUCCUGCCAGCUCCCCUCGCUGUCCCUGUGUCUGUCCCCGCCAGCUGAGGGGACACAGCGGUGACUUUUCUUCCCACUCUGGGCCGCUGUGGUUUGGGAAGAUCCCAAAAAACGAGGCAGAACCAGGAUUUCUCCCACUUUUCCCUGCAAAGGCAGUGAGUUGUCUUUAAGGGGUUCCUAUAAAUAAUCCUAAAAGUUUUUUUUUUAUUUUAUUUUUCUGCCGUAGCUGUGACAUGUCCAGCGCUGCCACCAGCCCAGCUGUGGGACUGUUGCUGUGUUAGGAGAGGUUUUAGGAGCCUUUGACCCCAAAUAUUCAACCCUCUCUGGAGAACAGCUCAUUCCAGUGCUUCCCUUGUCAUUCCCAAGCCCUGGAUUGUGUUUUUUUGGGUGUGUUCCUCACCUUCAGCCUUGCUGUGGAUCCCUCCUGGUGGUGAUGGGGUCUGGGAAUGCUGGUCCAGCCUCCCCUUGGCAUUCCAGGUCAGGAUUGACACAAUUCCAACACAAGAAUUUGAAUAUUGUGAGAUUUUUCCAUGUAACUGCUGUUCCCUGAGGGAGGUCAGUGAGUUUAUACUUUUUUAAAUUAAAGCAGCAGACAAACUUCUUGAAAAUGAAUUUUUUUUUAAAGGCAGGAAAAAGAAUAACCAUUUACAGAUUUUAAUAGAGAGCAAGUCAGCAAAAGCCAUAUUCCAUGUGGGAAUUGCAGGUUGAGCCCUAAGGCAGCAACCAUCACCUGCACCCCCACAUUUUGGGCUUAGAAUGGUGUGUUCAGGGUAAAAAUCCCACCAAAUUUGUACAGGAGGUUCACUCCCCCAGGAUGGGGGUGCAGAAUUGAGCAGCUGGGAUGGGAAGGUCAAAAAAACCCCAAAAUUGGAUGUUUUGCCAAAGGUGAUGCAGCAGUGACGGACCUGAGGGUGACAGAGCAGGGACAGGAGGUUGAGGUCAGAGCAGGGGAAGGAAAAUUGGAUUUGGGGUUUUUCUCCAGCAUGAACAGAAAUCAAAAUAGCUCUGAGUGAGGAUCCACCCUGGAGCUCAGUGGGGUUUGGGGAGCCAAAGACAGCAGAGAAAUGGGCUGUUCAAGAGGGGCUUUGAUCGGGAAAAAAAAUCACGGCUUGGCCAGAGCUGCACUUUUUGAACUUGAGCUGAUCUUUUGUGGGGAAGCAGCUGUGUAGAGAGGUGUCCCAGGGUGAAACGAGGCCCCUGAUCCCAUGGGACUCUGCAGCACAGGGAAAUCCCCCCUUGUCUUUGCAUUUUUGGCAGGAGUUUUUCCCCUCUCCUUUUUGAAGCCCUGAGGGCUGAGCCUUGCAGGGCGCUCAGCUCCAGCUCUGUGUUGUGUCUCUGUGGGACCUGAACCUGCCUUGUUGUUCCCCAAGCCAGGUUUUAAAGACUAUUUUCUAUCCUUUGACAUGAAAUGCUGAUUAAAGCCCCUCCCAGGGCCAGGCUGGCACCCCCAGAGCCCGCAGAGCAGGGAAGAGGCUGAGCAACAACUGCAGGAUUCCCAAUAAAAUGGGAAUUACACUGAACAAAUCAAUUACAGAAUAUCUCCAGCAGUGGAAGGCAGCGGGAUGAAGGAGGGGGCCUGCAAACCAAACCAGAACUGGAGUUUAUCUCUUAUUAUUAUCAUUCCACAGGUAUCUGUAUUUAAAGAGAGGAAAAAUGCACUGCUGGUGGGGAGUGUUUCCCGGUGGGGAGGAGCAUUUUGGUCUGUUUGCUGUUUGCAGAGUGUGUUUGAGUGAGUGCUGCAGUGUGGUGGUGACAGCUCUGCCAGCCAGGUGUUGAUGAGCAAGUAGAGACAGCAAAUAAAACAUCCAACCUCUAA